GGUAACUUUCCUUUUGCGUUCACGUAACUUAACUGAUAAGUGUCGCGCUUCAGACUUUGUUUCUGCGGUUAUCUUUUUUACAGCAGGAAAUUGUUCAAAAAGAAAAUAUAGAACAAGACGAAGAUCUGUUAUUUUAGCUGUAAACGAUAUUUUGGACUUCCGACAGGAUACGGCAGAGGAACGUCGAACACUCCAGUAUUUUUGUGGAGAGGGGGUCCAGACUGAGGCAAAGUAACAGCAUGUAAACACUUUCUGACUCAUCACGUCAGAGCCGAAGGAAUAUCUUCUUAUGGACUCCGACUGACCAGACUACUCGGACUACAUCCUGACUUCCUGUUUGUGACAACCAUCAUGUCUCUCUUCUUUUCUGGAGCGGUCACUAGUUCACCAAUAAAAAAGCGUCUGCGGUCUAGCGCCGCCUACCAAAGCUUGGACGUGUCCCUCCUGUCUCCCGACUCUUCUUACGUGUGCGAUUUGACUGCGCAGGGCAGCAGCCAUCGCUGUUGCUGCCGCCGCUCACCCCGCCUUCUCACCAACGGUUACUACGCCGUCACCCAUGACAGCUUCCUCCGGGACGACCAUGGCAAUGUGUCUUUGAUGCCAUGCACCGCCAGCGUGUCCUAUAAGGAGAACGUCCACAGAGUGUUCCGGCGCAGACGUAGACCCCGCAGUUCGCUGGUUCGCCUGCUGAGCGGCGUCUCUGAAACCUGCCAGUCUUGGCUGGACCACAAAGUCUUCAGGGGCAUGUUUGGGACAAGCCAGGAACUAGAUCAGGACCAAGAUCAAGACCGAGAUCAAGACCGAGAGCCUUUAGAAGACUGGGCCAGGACAGAAGGUUUUACCACAUUGGAGGAGCCGAGCUUGUCAGGUCUGGUCAGUCCACAACCAGACGACAGCUGCAACUUCUUCACAUACGACCCAACUGAAGCAGCGCCCCCCACAGACAAAAUGGCACAGCCCUCCAAAAAGAUCCUCCUGGAGAUUUGCUCAGAAGUCUGUCAAUCAAAGGAGCACUUUACCCAGUCAAUAGGCGGACUUUCUGAAGUCCCACCUCCUUCUGCCUUCUACACCAAUGACUGCCUUCAGGUUGCACCUGAACGCACAGCGAUAAAGACUCUUGCGGUCUUCAUGUUGGCCGUGUUCGUGUUGUGGAGCUGCUUUCCGUGGAGCGUGGGCGUGAUGGCUUUUUCGGUGCUGGUAGCGUGCACAACGCUGGCUGUGUGUGCAUUGGUCAGCAGGUCAGGUCAGAUGGGGCGGUGGAGGCAGGCCAAGACAGAGGAUAUCACGUCACGAAACGAGUGACCCAGCGCCGCCUGUUUUCCACCAGAACAGCAACACACACACUUACACUUAGCACUAUUGAGUAUUACUCUCACUUAUUUAAGUUACAUUUAACUCUUUUGAAACAUGUUAGUGUUUUUAGUCACAUGUGUACUUUAUAGUGUUAUGAAGUUUAAUAUAUAGAAAUCAAUUAUGUGAUGUUUUGAAUGUAAUCAUGUUACUUUUAUACUUUUAUAAGCACCCGUUAAAACCACAAUUAUAUAUUCAGAAUGAUUUUCUUUUACCCUUACUAAUCAUGCACCACGUUCCUGGAGAGAUACAAAUUCAUGUUUUUCAUUGCAUCUAGAGUGUUGUGUUACUGUACUUAUUGUACAAAACAACGCUCAUCUGUUAUUUCUUGAAAUAAAAACAGAAACAAAAA